AGUGUACAUGGUUUCCUCCGGAUAAAUGAAAGUCACUAUUCUUUUGGAGCAUUUUUGGCGAUAAUUUUCCGCCUAUUUAACUUCUUUCUAAACACGUGGAUUUUGUAUAUACUAAAAUGGAUUCGGAGGAUGAAGACGCGAUAUUUGACGACGAACACGAGGAUAGUUAUAACGAAUCCGGCUCCGAACAGGGCGAUGAAAGCGACUUCGACAUCGACUGCGACGAACCCUCUACUCCGAAAAGACCUCAUAUAAAUGACGAUUUUCAUUACGAAUGUCUAACCCCUGAAGCUUUAGUCAGUUACAUGAAUGCUAUUAUAGACGAGGUUAAUAACGUUUUCCAGGUAAGCUACUAGGGUUUUUGUGGGAGUACGGCAGACUUACUUAUAUAUCAAUGCAAACAUCAACAAUACAAAACGUUGUCCUGUCUUGUUGGGACUUGCUGAAUCAAACGAAGGGUCGUAUGUUAUUAUCAGAGUGUCUUGGGUAGUUAAAUGCUACCCAUAUUCUAAGAGCUAUGAAUGCCUCCAUUAUUUAAGUUUCUCCAACGCUAAAGAACCUCGUUCGUUGAAAUAUCUCUGGUGAUAAUUUUACUUUCCUCGAAUUUCUUGUCAGCCAGAACGGAGGAAGGAAUAAGAAACUGAUCUUUUGUUUUUAAAAUUUCUUGGUAUUGCUGGUUUUGAAACCUAUUUUUUCCUGUUUUAGGAAGUUAGUCGUAUGUAUUCCUCUAAUUGUAACUAACCAGGUACUAAAAUAUAUGUUGCUUCAUGGGAUGAAAGCAAUUUUAUCAAAAUUAUUUGAUGCAAUCCAUUGUUUCCAUCGACUACCAACUUUUUUUGGCUUGUAUUUCGCGUUGUGUUUAAUUUCUGUUGUUAGAUUUUUGAAGUAUGUGAAGCUUUUAUGGGUUCUUGGAAUUACAAGUGAUUGCUGAUAUUACCUGCUACACAUGUCCCCAUCAUGUGAAAGAAACCACAUGACAUCUUUGAUUAAGAGAAGAUGAUAUUAUUUUACUAUUCAAUUGUGAUUAGUUGGCAUGCAGAUGUGGCUUUGCAAGAGAUUUGCUAAGUCAUGAAGAGCUGAGAAUCUGUAGCAAUGUGAACUAGAUACCCAAUGGAGGGUCAAAUAUUCAGCCCUGGAACCUGGGUAGUCUGGUUCAGGUGUAAAUUAAUUUUGCAGUGUUAAUGCAUUGCAAUUUUUUUUAAAAAAUGGCAGCUGUUUAAAAGCAAUUUUAGCUUAGAGGCCCUUUAGUUAAACAAAAUUUACACAGCAAUUAUUUUAGAACAGAUAGUGACAGCCAGGAAUCUAGUAUAUAUAUAUAUAUAUUAGACACCAAACCAACUUGCUUAAGUUUCACAUAUUAAAUGGAUUUUCCUGAAAGUUUUAUACUUGUAUUGAGUGUUAUGAUUCAGUCCGAUAUUGAUAUUUCAAGUAGGUCAUCAUCAAGGAAAUGAUAACAAGUUGUACUUGUCUUUAAAAUAAGUUCAAAAUUGUCUAUAAGUUUAGAUAAGAUUAGGUACUGUCUGUCGUUGAUGUAUAUACUAGUACAGCGUUUUCACUUAAGGGGCAACCAGCUAUAUCUUUAGUUAACCCUGUCAUCCUCAGAUUGGCCAAAGAGGAAUUUCUCAGUAAUGUCAGUAAGGGGAUAAUUUUUGACUUAGCACCAAAUUCCCAAAGAGAGAACAAUAAGAAAUGGAUGAAAGAGAGUGUAGAGGAUUUAAAUUUUGAUCUUGGGAGUGAAAGGGUUGAUCUUCUUCUUUUAACUAAAUGUUUUCAGUGUCUUUUCACUGCAAGUUUCAAAACUAUUUGACACAAGCGUAAUAAUUGUAGAGCUUCUAGCUUUGUGACAUCAAGAUGAAUACUGACCAUGUCUUUUUAUUUUAUUGGGACAGUUGCCUAGACCAACAGCCAGGAUUCUUCUUAGUCACUUUAAAUGGGAUAAAGAAAAGCUACUAGAGAGGUUCGUGAAAAUUCUCUUUUGUUUAUCUCUGAGAAACUGGGUAUAGUUGAAACUUUUUUAGUGCCAGGUAAAUCUACAUGUACAUAUAGGGAUUGAUACACCAUAUUCUAUACUUUAACCUGUAAUUCGUGUAGAUAUUUUGCGAGUUAUGAAGUUUUUUCUGAGCCCUGUAAAGGUGAAGAAAAAUACAUGCAAUGAGCAAAAUGUCUAACCAUAAGUUAUUUGUUAAACCAUCAAAUAAGGAUUUCUUUUUCUCUUAUUAUUUCAUUUACCAGUGUCUUGUGCUGUAGUUUUCAAGAAACAUCCUACAGCCUCAUCUGAGCUUCAUGUCAAUCACACAAGAUGUGCGCAAAAUAUGAAAACAAUUCUAACAAAUCAUUAGAGUGCUCUUUAGGACCAGUUAAAAAAUUAAGGGCACGUAAGAUUGUUGCUUAAAAUAGUCAAGCCUUAAAAAUGAAAAAAAAUCAAAGUUAGGAUUGUCCAGUGUGGCCAUUUUGUUACUCAGUUGUGCAAUGCCCAAAUGAAUGUUAUGAGGUAAUUCUUUAGGAAGCCUCAUUGAGGUGCCUAAAUCUCUACUUUUGAGGAGGAGAGUAGGUUUCAUUGCAAUAACUUUGACUGAGAAGUUUGUCAAGUACAGUUGUGGGACUUUUCAUUUGAGUGUUGUUAGUAGUAAUUCAGGAUUGUAUUGGUUUUGUUUUGCUUGGUUUAGUGAGGGGUCUAUUCUAAAAGGUCACACACAAAUCUGUAUGCGUAAGACAUUAUUUUGAAUUUUGUCUUACAGAAAGGAUACUAAGUAUUUAGUACUAAGAAUAAGUAUUUAUUAAAAAAAAAAAGAUACUCUACAAUAGCAUACAUAAAUAGAAGAUUAGACUUGUUGUUGCAUAUCAUGCAGCUUACUUUCUAAAAGAUUAAAACAUCACCCUCCGUGUCCUCAUCAUCAAAGUAUUUGUAGUAUCAGCAACAGAUGUAAAUAACAUGUACUAUUUUGUUUUAACACUUGUAGAUACUACAGUGGAGAUCAAGACAGGCUAUUCUCAGAGGCUCAUAUAGUUAGUCCAAGUAGAACAAACUCUAGACCUGUUUCAAGUAAAAGGGUUUGUAUUUACCACUGAUCAUCUCACACCGCUUGGCUACAGAAAUGGAAUGAUUGUGAUAUUUUUCUCAGUCUUUACAGGUGUUCAGUUAGUAAAACUUAGUGUAAUAGUUAAAUUAACAGUGUGAAUAGUAGCAGCGGAGCAAAAAAAGCGGAAGGUUUGGGUUGGGUUGCAUUAGGUUAUACUAAAUGAACAUCUGGAACAGGCUUUAUCUGUCUUAAACCUUAAAACUUUAAUAUCAGUAUGCAUCCUCUCCAUAUGGUUCUCUAUACAUUUCCCAAGGUGCUGACAAGGAGAAUUUGCUUAACAAUCAAGAGCUUCUUUAGUUGUUGAUCAUUUCUAUUUUCAUGACCUUAAUGUUUCAGUUAGUGGUGAUACUGUAAGGAGGAAUUAGAUGCAAGUUACUCUAAGGAGUGUAAGGGUUACACAUUUAGCUGCCAUGUUGAUGAUCAGGAAUGCAAUUAUACAUAUAUGUAUAUAUUUGUCUGUCUGAAUUUUUGGGAAUUUUUUAUUUUACGUGGGAGGUAGUAAAGGCUUGCAUGAGUUUUUGUUUCACUUAUCUGGGUGACUUUGUCUAAAGCAUGACAAGUAGAUCUCUCUAUGUUAGCUUAGGACAAUGUUAGCUCAAGCUUACAUUUUUUAGUGUGGUUUCCCACACUCUACAGGUGUCUUUUUUUAGGAGGAGGAUUAUAUUCUGAUUAAAAGAACAUCUGUGCAACAUGUAGUAUUGUAUUUUGUUGUCAAGUGAAAAUCUCAAUAAUUAAGCUCUAUGCUUGCCAAUUUUUUUGUUUGUAUGUUCCAUCAACUUCAUGAACCAGUCUGAUGUAGAUUUUAUGUUGUUAAUUGUGUUUCCCCACACUCGAGGCCACUUAUAUGUUUUGUGUCAUUGCUAUUUUUAACCUUAUUUUAUUGGCCACGACAUAUUUUAGUAUAACUUGGACAGAAGUAUUUAGUUGAUCUUGCCAAGUACUCAUGUUUUCAUAAUAAUUGUCUGUUCUUGAGUUUUGGUGAAAGUUAAAUAUGUUUGGUGAAUUUCAGGUUAACACCAGAUCCUCUUCUGCAUCAACUGAUGGAACUUGUGAAAUUUGCUUCAUAAACAAUCAUGUACCAGUAAGUACAGGAAAUUCUCACAAGCGGUAUUUUUUGUUAUAAUUAUUAUGUCGUUUACCAUGCAAGACACUUGUUUGAUUUGCAAAAAAAGAUAAAAACCUGGACGUUGAAUUUAACUAGUAAAUCCUAUGUUGCUGUAUGUGUGCCCAGUAAAAGAUCACUGACAACAUCAAAAAUGUAAAAUGAACUGAAUUUGUGGAUUUUGCGUUUGUCUUUAUGUAAUAAAUAGAUUCCAUGUGUCUGUUCUAUGAUAGAUUGCAGAUGACAUGAAAAUGUGCUAAGAAUAAAAAAGUGGUAAACAAGGCACAGGCAAUUGAGUCAAUGAUAUUCUACCCAAAUUUUGACUUCUUCUGUGAUCUAUAACUCUACAGACCCAUGAAAACAUGAAAUCUAUUUCUGGUACAUGAUAAAAAAGCAAAAUAUUGUUCAUGGUGACCUCUUCAAUGCAUCUGUACUGCCACAGAUCAUAAAGUAUAAACCAAUAAAAUUGUGUAUAUACAUGAAAUUCAGCUUAUCUUAUAAAGACUCUUCACUCCCAAAAUGACAACUUUCAUAAUUCCUCUGCUGACAUACUUCAAUUGCAUUCCAUAUAAAAAUGUCUUAACUGCUUACUCUUCUUCAGGCUUUCGUUGGUUUAGAAUGCAACCAUAGGUUUUGUCUUAGAUGUUGGAAGGAAUAUAUUACCACGAAAGUAAUGGAUGAACAUGUUGGGGAGGUAGGCAUCUUACUUUUAUCAGUAGUCUCUCACUAUUACUCUCCAGGUGACUUUCUUUACAUCGAGUCAAACUGUUAUUUUUCACUUAAUAGAACAUUUCCUGUCCAGCACACAAGUGUGACAUCUUAGUAGAUGAAGUAUUUGUAGGGUAAGUAUUUUUCUUAAACUACAGUGUAUGGUUUCGAUUGUAGAAUCAAUUAUAUGAUUAAUAAUGUAAAGGCCCUUUUGUGAUACUGGCCAAUUUGGUCUUUAACAAGAAACACCACCACAACAUUCUGGGGAUUGAACCUCCAUAACCUCUACAGUAAGGCAGCCACAAAAAAAACCUUAUCAAACCAUUCUGUGGUGUAAAGUGGGUAGGUUUUUUUUUUCAGAAACUGUGGUGCUGCGAUGGUGGGGGAGUAUAGCAAGAUAAUUUUGGUUUUAUCAACUGAGUUGAUAAUGUAAAUUGGUCACUGAGAGUUUCAAAGCUGGUGUUUUGGAAGUAGCCCUUCUUUGAAGCAAAAACCUGAGAAAGGGCAAAGGCUCAAAGUGUUGGCUUUGAAACUCUAUAAGGUGGCCAAUUUACAUUAUCAACCCAGUUGAUAAAAACCAAAAUUAUCUCAUUGUACAGUCUGCUAAAUUUGCAUAACUAUGUUUGUGUGCACAUUUUGAGUAGGAAAACUUCUGAUUUAUAGAAAAACAACAAUUACAGGGUUCACAUAUUGUAGAACCCCUGCAUAAUCAGACUCCCAAAGGAAAAUGAAAAAUUGGUUUAAUUUAGCAAAAAUAUGAUUCGAGGUAGCAGGGUUUUAAGUUAUCCUAAUUGAAAUUGAAUUGAAAUUAUCAAUAAGGAAUCUUGUGUUUACCAUUCUUGCACAAUCAAUAAGAACUUUUGUACAUUUAGUUUGUUUUAUGAGAGCUUCUCUUAAUAACAUAUAGUUUGAGAAGUUGAGCCUAAUGUAUUGUAUUAAACUUAAAUGUUUUCAUAUUCAUUUCAAUCACAAAAUAUUUCUUCGCAUUAACCUUCAAGGAACCCUCUCUGAUUCACUGUAGGGGGAGUUUUAUUAAAAUUAUUUUGCACUACAGUUGUACCAUUUUAACUGAUCUUUAUGAACCAUAACAAGUUAUAAGUACAGCCAGUAAGGCUUUGUGUUUCUUCAUAAUUUUUAAUUCUUUGUUCAAUGGCAGACAAGUGGUAAAAGACACUAAAGUAAAAGCACGAUACCACCACCUUAUAGCAAACAGCUUUGUUGAGGUAAGCUUUAGUCAGAAGGAAGGCUUUGUAGCUUUUGGCUCUGAAGGUGAUUCCUUAGAAACAAAGGUUGUCAAACCAUUUUUUUGAAACUCACCUCAAAUGUUCCUCACCAAUCUUUGUUUCAAGAAAUACUAAAAAUAAAUAUAAUAAAUGCAGUACUCAUUCAAGUGCAAAAGACCAUCUUACCUGUCUACCAUAUCCAUUGACUGCACAGUACUGGAUGUGCAGUGCAAUACCAAGGAAUUACCUGAACUGCUUGACAGCUACAGUUCCUCAGUUCCUUGUAUCACUCUUGUGAAGGGCUUUUUCAGAGCAGAAACUUAAGUUACUUACCAUGCACUUAUUGGAAAAAAAAACUGGACAUUUUCUUCUGAAAAUUAUUUGUUCCAAUUCAAAAGGCAGGAGUUUUAGUUAAAGGUUGGAGCAGUGUGUGGAAACAGGAGAUUCUCACCCCUCCCCCUUCCCCAACCCUUUAACUCCCCCCCCCACCCCCCAAUUGAGAAAAAUUCUAAUUCACAAGAUGAAUGAUAAGGUUAUUUUUUACAGACAAAAUUAUUGUUUUGUCUUGGUGGGUUUUUAGGAAGAGCACUAUUUAACUUCAAGUGAGAAAUUUUUCUUCUGAGAUUUUUAGGGUGGAAAACUAAGUCCAUUCACAAUUGUUCUCUUCUUUCUAGAGUAACAGACUGAUGAGUUGGUGUCCAGGGCCUGACUGUCAAAAUGCUGUGAAAGCUAAUUACCAUGAUGCUUUACCUGUGACAUGCUUGUGUGGUUACACAUUUUGGUAGAUCUGUCCACUUGCUUUAUUUGCUAGGAGUACUUUGCAAAUUGAGUGUUCAAUGUUUCAAAUACAAUUAAUUGUCUGCUCACUUGAUGGUAAUGUUAGACGUGUAUUUUGCUUCUACAGCUUUGGUUGUGGAGAACCUGUUCAUGAGCCCGUGCGAUGUGCAGUAAGUAACCAAACCAUGUUGUGUUCCUAUGUCUAUGAGUGUACAUAUUGCCCAUCCUCUAAGCUGUGUAUGCAGAUCAAUGUCAAUAUCUGGGCAACUAUGCAGUUGAAAAUUUUUUUUAAGUCUUGAUUACCAGAACUAAAGCUUGAGGUGUACCCUGUCAUAUCUGUGCUGAAAUUGGAAACUGAUAAUUAAUAACUAAUCUUAUUAUAAAGCUAGCAGUGUCUUUGGGCAAUGAAAGGAAUCCUGUGUUUUGAUUGGCUACCUGAGCAGGCAAGAGGGGUGCAUCUUGCCCGCUCAGGAUCGCCUACUUUGAUCCCAUGCAAGACUUGAAUUGCACGGAGCAGACUUAAAAACUAUUUAACUGGCCUCAUUCUUUUUUUGGCUUUUUAUGGAACUCAACUUCCUCUUAAUCAAUAAAAACACAAAAAAAAAUAACAGGGCAAAUAUCCAGGCAUGCAAUUCUGCAAAGUAUUGUUUUAAAACUGUCAUUUUAUGCCCCAGUGGCUCAAGAAAUGGAUAAAGAAAUGCAAUGAUGACAGUGAAACAUCAAACUGGAUAUCAGCAAAUACAAAGGUUUGUUGGUUUGUUGAUUAUUGGUGUUCUGCAAGCUCCAGGACUGGUGGUGAAUCUUGCAAUAAACCAUCAACUCCAACUUCUUUCAUAGGAAUGCCCAAAGUGUCAUGUGACAAUAGAGAAAAAUGGAGGUUGUAAUCACAUGGUUUGUCGCAACAACAACUGCAAGGUAACAGUCCAUGACUGUGUGAUUAUGAAGGUUGAAAGAGUUUCCUUGAUGUAUUAGACACAUUCUUACUUUUGGUUUUAUUACAAACUGUUAAAUGGUUUGAUCGUUUCCUCUCCAAUUUAAGGCUGACUUUUGUUGGAUGUGUCUGGGACCUUGGGAGCCACACGGAUCAAGUUGGUAAGUGUGUUGCUUUUUCUUCUGAUAUGAAGGACUUUAGUUAUGUUUGUGUUAUAAUUCAACUAUAUAUAUAUCCAGGGCCAGGUCGUUCAAAACUGGGUUAAGGUAACCAAGGGUUAGUGUAAAAUAUGAUUUCAGAUCUGAAAGCUUUAAAAGAAAAUUCAGUCGAAUUUUUUUUUGUCUAGAAUAUGAUUAUUUGAUGUUCUAAAACGAACACAGAAAAUUAUCCCAAAAAGGCUUUUGAAUAAAGGAAUGAAGAACUUAGAUUUAACCUCGGAUUGGCGCUAAUCAGCCUUCGAACAACUGGGCCAAGGUCAGCUUAUAUUAAAUUUGCUCUGCUUCAAUCUAUUUUCACCUCGGGAAGUGAAACUUCUUUUAUACCUCUUAGAGUGCAGCUUGAUCGCAUUCAUUUUGUUUUGAAAGAACUGAUGUAGAUUUGUGUUACUUGCCGCCUUCUUCAGGUACAGUUGUAAUCGUUACGAUGAAAAAGAUGCACAGGCGGCUAGAGAUGCCCAAGCUGUAAGUUUCUAUCGCAAGACUUAAGUUAAGAAAAACUGCUUUGUAUAGUUGAAGCAGAGUAUACUUUCUUGCACCGAACCAGCGUAGGCAUGAUAUCAGCUUAAAAUGCCAUUAAAAGGUUGUGGCAGUGGUAAAGAAAAUCCUCCUAGUCCUCUUGGAGUGGAAGAUUUAUAACCAUGUCUCUGGGUUUUUUUUCCUUUUUUUUUCAAUUCAUUGUAACAGAUUGAUCUGAUAUGAGGUCAUUGUGUUUACUUUCCGUGACUGCCGGUGAAAUAAAAAAAACAAACAAACAAAACCAAAACCAAAACCCAAAGAUACUAUUUUUUGUGGCUUUAACCCUGUGCAGCCCAACAUCAGUAUACAUUAUCUCCAUACUGUUCUCUAUACAUUCCAUAAGAUGCUGACAAAGAGAAACAAUCUAGAGCUUCUUGUGCUAGUGAUCAUUUCCUUUAUUUUUGUAACUUAACAUUUUGAUUCAGUGGUGAUACAGAGAAGUUAGUAGUUAGUCACUCUUAGGGUGUAAAGGGCCAAGGUGUUGUCUCCAUCUAUCCCUUAGUGUAGUCUUGAGUUAAGAAUCCAGAGUUGCAGUGUGGUUUUAAGUCUAGUUCAAUGACUUACCAUAUCUUAUUUUUCAGAAAUCACGGCAAGCCUUGGAACGCUACCUAUUUUACUGUAAUCGUUACAUGAACCAUGCACAAAGUGCCAAGUUUGAAACUAAGGUGAGAUUCAGAAAAAUUUCUUUUACUUCGUGGAUAAAAUGCGCAAUCAGUCAAUACAAUUCACCUGUAUAGUAAUAAUAAUUACAACUUAUCUUCUUCCUCGUCUGCAAUUUAGCCUAUUUGUAUUCUCUCUCGGCCGUUGUGUUUCAUCACACAACGCAUAUUACAUCGUAGCCUGCGAGCAGGUUCUCAUGACGCGUGUUUCCUGCCCACGGGGAUAUUUGAGACAAGUAGGGAAAAGGUUUGCCGGAGGUCUGGCACUAGACCCCUCGCUGGCUUGCGGUGCUCAAGGCCUUACAGGAAACGGUCCUGCCGAAGCGCUAAUACUUACAUCGCUCCAAGACAAAACACAUGACCAGACGAACGAUGGCCGCAAAGUAGCUGAAAAGUUUCUUUACAAAUCUUAGUGACUUUCACGUCUUGCUCUCAAUUAUUACACGACUUGUCAUGGAAGUUUUAGUUUUCUACUAGUACUAACAGUGAUUGCGUGAGGAGUAAAAAUUUAUUUAAGAAAAUAGAAAGCUACAACAAAAAGACACGGUAGCUACUUGUUAAGCUCAGUAUCCUUAAAACCCUUUUGUGCUUGUUAAUUGUUAGUUGUAUGCUCAAGUCAAGCAAAAAAUGGAAGAAAUGCAGCAACACAACAUGUCGUGGAUCGAGGUUUGUAGCAAUGUCACAUCAAAGUGUUGUGACCCAAGAUCAAUAGACUUUCGAUUUUAUUUCUUUAAUAUGUUUUACUAGCGUGGAACAGAGCAAACAAGGCGUGAAAUUGUUAAUUUGUGCCUUCUCUAUUUCACCGUGACUUGAAGUCUGCGAUCUCUCUCCUUUCAGGUUCAAUUUCUUCGUAAAGCCGUAGAUGUUCUGUGCUUGUGUAGAAACACUCUCAAAUACACUUACGUGUUCGCUUUCUACCUUAAGAAAAACAAUCAGUCAGUUAUCUUUGAGGUGAGUUCGUGUAAUUCGAAAUACUUGUUCAUUGUAGAACCGUUUUCAGAAUUGUUAUAUCUCUCAGUUAGUGCGUGCGAUUGGUCAAUUUAACGGGCUGUAUUUCACUGCACGCCACGCUAAAUUCACAAGUCUGUUGAACUGAAAUCUUCCCCCUCUAUUUGAACUUAGAGAUGUAUUGAUAUCUUACUAACCUCGUUUUUCGGUCCGUACUGUAUGUUACGGAAUCUCGGUUUUUAUCCGCUUUGGCCAUACAUCUGAGCGGAAAAACUCGGUCCAUAACUGACAGCACGGACCGCGAACUCGAUUAGCAAGAGGAAUUUUUGCUCUUUAGUACUUGAAAAUACUUAAUUUCUACUUUUUAUCGUGCAACCAUUUGCUCCUUUGACCAAAUGUUAUGUUGUGAUAUCUUUUUAUCCGUGUUGAAGCCCAUUUGGAUCGUAUUAAUUACCUACUAACAUAUGAUGAUCUGACCCUUUCAGAACUAGCAAAUUUUUCCGCUUAAAGGAGGUAAAUGGAGCAUUCCUCUUGUAGGAAAUAACUUUGGAACAUUUUCAAUUCAAACUUAUACAGGAUAACCAAAAAGAUCUAGAAAUGGCUACGGAGACACUGUCAGAGUACCUAGAGCGUGACAUAACUUCAGAGUGUUUAUCAGAUAUUAAACAAAAGGUUCAAGAUAAAUACAGGUACUUUUAUUUAAGAGCUGUACCUUAUUUUUUUUUUAUUUCAAAACGUGGACUCCCCUUUAAAAAAAAAAAAAAAGUCAAGACAAAAGUUGGGGGGGGUGCUCGUUUUUAGAGGGACAAAAGGCAGGUCUCCGUUUUCCAUCUGAAUUUCCGCCCAAGUUGAUGAACACCUCUGUACAGUAUGCAUUUCUUUGAUUGAAAACCUACGUUAUUCUAAUCACAAUUUACUACAUGGGCGGUUUUGUUAGAAACUUGAGUUUCAGAGGGGGUGCAUUGGAGAGGAGAGAAACUUGACUCGUUUUGACUCACUUCAAUGGUAGAAACAUUUAAAAUAUUCAGCUGUUUACGAAUCUUUCCUUCUUUACUUUGAGUCAGGGACAAACGAUAAUACUUCAUAGAAGAGGGCAACGAAUGGCCUCCAAUCUUUGAAGUGUGUCGGUCAGUAAGAAGAAAAUCUCAAUAUGUGGGAAAUAGAAACAUCAUACCAUAGAAAGUGUUUGAACGAUUACUAUGCACUCGUCGCGAUGCAUCAAAAAACUCACCCGUUCGUUUUUUCUUUUUUUGGUUUUUGUUUUUGUUUUCUUUUGAUGCAUCGCAGCAAUCGUAGCAAUAAUCUCUAUAUCCUGUGUUGAUGUUUCCAGGUACUGCGAGGCAAGACGAAAAGUCCUUUUAGACCAUGUUUAUGAAGGAUAUGAGACUGACAUAUGGGAAUACAUGGAUUACGACUAAACUUUUAGAUUCUUACAGAUGAAUAAUGUUACUAAACGCUAGGAUAUCAAAAUGGAGUUUACUGGAUCAGAUUGCUUGCUGUUAUAUAGUUUAAGUCGAAGUUCAUAUUUACAAAUGUUAUUAGAAAAUUACUUAGAAGUGUACAUAAAUCAAAACUUUUCCCUAAUUGUUUAUCUCUGUGACACGGUUUUUUCCUACGUUGUAAUCUGCUAGCGUGAUCGCCACUUCUUCAAUAACCCGCUUUGUGAGGUCCAGAUUUUCUAUUUUUUUCCCCCUGUAAUGAACGUGUUAUAUAGGUUACAAGCGACUGAGAGAUACGCCAAAGCACAAAAAGAAAGCUGUGAUACGACACAAAGCAGCGAGCUAAGGUAGCUCUCAUCGUAUCGCUGCGAGUUUGGUAAUGUAAAAUUUGCUUCAGCAUGUAGGACUUAAUGAAAGUUUUAUGGAGAUUUUGAGGCGGGGAGAUCAUUUACGGUCAUUAUGAAGGUCAACGAACUUUUUUUGUUGCCGAUUCACUGUUGUACAACUUAAAUGAUGUAUAAUGUCGCUUAACAAUUCGUAAUUUGAGGUGUGGCUCAUUUUAAAUACGUCAGCAUUGGUGCACUUCAAGACGUAUUGAUUGCAGUGAACUAGCAAAGAGGUAUCAUUUACUAAGGAAGAUUUUAGCAAGGUGAUAAUUGCUGCAGUUGUAAGGAAAUAUCCUAAACUUCUGUCAAUUUUAAGACCCCGUUCUCGGUACAAAAAGGACAGCGUACGUUUAUGUGCUGUGUCUCAGACUAGGUUGUGAACAUGUUUUCCUUCAUUUCAACUUAUCUUCUGUUGACUUGAUGUGUGUUUCUACAUUUCUUUUUAUCUUACUUUUGAAAAUGCUGUUACUUGUAAAUAAACACAAUUAUUAAAUGCUUGUCUCUC